AGACGAAGCAGACUCCACUACUGCGGCUUCACCUUCCUUCCUCCUUGCCCUCACAGAGUCACUAGUAAUGGCGGACGUUGAAGCAGAUGUUGCUGCACCAGGGCAGCCGAAGAAGAGAACGUUCAAGAAGUUCAGUUUCAGAGGGGUCGAUUUGGAUGCCCUUUUGGACAUGUCUACGGAUGAGCUCGUCAAGCUUUUCCAUGCUCGCGCUCGGAGAAGGUUCCAGAGAGGUUUGAAGAGGAAGCCAAUGGCUCUGAUUAAGAAGCUCCGCAAGGCUAAACGGGAGGCUCCACCUGGUGAGAAGCCCGAGCCAGUUAGGACUCAUCUCCGCAACAUGAUCAUAGUUCCAGAAAUGAUUGGCAGUAUUAUUGGAGUUUACAAUGGAAAGACCUUUAAUCAAGUUGAGAUCAAGCCUGAGAUGAUUGGUCAUUAUCUUGCUGAAUUCUCUAUCUCCUACAAACCAGUUAAGCAUGGAAGGCCUGGUAUUGGUGCUACCCAUUCGUCCAGGUUUAUACCCCUCAAGUGAAGGUUAAGCAUAUUUCAUGGGAUGCUUUUGUUAUCUGAUAUGAAUUUUGAUCAGAUGUUUGGAGGCUUGUUGCUUACUUGAGUUCAGAUGUCUAGACAUAUAUUUAGCUGAGUUGUUUUAUUUGCUUGGGAUUGGAUGUUGAUGAUGAUUAAUGUGAUAAUCUAUGGUUAAAA